CGCUCCACCAAGCUCCUGAUUACUUACGUGCCGUCGAUUUUUCGGCUUUUAUUUCGCAAUACGUCUAGAAAUUUAAAUAUAAUUCGUAAUAUUAAAAUACAUCGAAUAACGAUGUAACUGCGCGGGACUAUCUUAACGCUGACAAAAGAACAUGUUAUAUUUAAUAGUAAAAUAAUCUUACACUGUGUUGAAAAUAGAUAUUGAGCAGAAACUUUUUCGUCAUAGUGAGCUCGCGAAUUAUUUUGUUCAGUCACGUCGUAUAAAGGAUUUUCACUCAUCAGUGAAUUUGCACUGUACAUUUAUGUAUUAAUACUUCAAUCCAUAAAUAUUUAACAAAAAACCACUCAAAAUGGCAUCUAAGGUAUUAGUUAAAUUACCAACUGUGUCUUUUCUUCAAGGCAAAAAGCCACCAUCAGAUAUAGUAACAUUAACAGAAAGAAAUGAGAAUUUAAAUCAAACUGUAAGACAUCAAAAUAUUAACAUAGACCGAGUUGCUCAGCUUGAGCAAAAUAUGAAAUUUCUACAAGAACAGCAUCAAGCUACACUAGUUGCUUUACAUCAAGAAGUAGAAUCAUUACGUCAAAAAAAUAGAGAUUUACAGUUUCAAUUAGUAUUUUCAAAAGGAUCUACUUGUGCAGCUAGUAGUCCUUCUUCCCCUGAAGAUAAUGGAACUGGGUUCGUGAAGUCAAAGGGUAGCCCAGUGUGCGUAAAUAUUUCAUCGUUGCAGGUGGAACUCCUAGAGAAAGAUCUACAAGAUACAAAGAUAUCAUUACAGGAGGCUAAAAAUCAGAACCAAUAUUUAUCUGAAAUUAUUGAACAACAAAAAAAAAAGUUGGAAUCUACUGAGGAACAGCCAUCAAAUAAGCAAUCGAUGAUAGAUGUAGGAAUACAAGUGGAGAAUAAAGUUGACCCCGUUCGGCAAGAUUUAGUUUCACGUUUAGAAGUUUCAGAAGCAAUGGUAGAACGAUUACGCAAACGAAAUAAGGAUCAGCGGAAAGAAAUUCGAACGUUGGAAGCAGCAUCGGCAAACACCUCGCAAGAGCAGAUGCCCCAUAAAUUUCCACCAUUACAGAGUCAAAGUUACUGGCAUUGUAGAGCACCAAGAUGCGGAAGGAAUCUUGUACUACCACAACUUCAGAACGGUAACAUGAAAACAGACACAAUGAUUUUUGAAUCCCCUUUUUAUCGAUCUCAGGGAUACCGUAAUUAUUACCGCGAUGAGAGUAAUCGAAAAUAUAGAGGCCAAAGUUCACAAAAAGAUCGUAGAGAUAGCGAUAAUUAUCAUCAUCGACGACAGUUUAAAGAUAGAAGUUCGAAAGUUCAUCAAAAAGAAUUGGUAGAUUCAACGGAAGAAUCGACGGAAGCCGAUAAUUCUACCGGUAGUAAAUCAUAAAAUAGGACGCGGUCUGCUAAAGACUGCUAGACUCUGGCAGUGCUGUACUAAUUCAUAAGAAAUGAUCUACGUUUUCUUGUAUUCGCUUUAAUAAGAUAGAUAUCGUCAGCUAAAUACAUAUAACUUGUUGUAGAUUAGUCACAACAUCGGGUUGAAAUUAUACAAUUUUUAGUGUAAAAAUCUAGUAAAGUUUCACUCGUAUAGAUACUUGGAUAUAAAAGUAGAAAUUUCAUGCUUUAUCAAUUAAUAAUAAUUAUCUUACACAAUUACUUGCGCUUCUGCUAAACAAAUGAAAAUGUGUGAUUAUUCCAUUUUUAUGAGAAGGAGUAACAUAAACAAGUAUCUUCCUUCUUGAGAAAAAAACGGUGUUAAGCAUGAAAAUGAUAUUAAUAAUGACGAUUAUAUUAAGAAUAAGAUCACGACGAUAAUAACAGUGGUAACAGUAGUAAUAGCAAAAAAAAAA